CUUCGCUUCCAAGUUCGGAAACUCGAGGUACUCAGCCUUCACAACCCCAAUCUGGCGUAGGUGAACUUCCAGGUACAGCCGGCGAGGCAGGAGUGGCAGUUUUACCUGAUGAGAGGAAAGAAAUCCAAGCAAAUGGCGGAGCCACGGCUAAGGUGCUGCUACGUUCUCGAAGUAAUCGUAAAGCGGUGGAUGAACCCCGAAAGCAGGGUAACGACACACCUCCUUCUCUACCCAGUUCAGAAUCACCCGAUACAUCUGACCCUAAGACGUUUACGACGCAUACAGGCGGCGUUGGGGCAUUACCUGGAGGAAGAGAUGAAGUUGGUGUCGCCGUUUUGCCUGACCAGCGUCAAGGAAAUGAUGUGGGCAAUGAUGGCCGAGGAUUCAGACAGAACGUGGAUCAGCAGCCUGGACCGCGACGUGACCUCACAGGUGGAACGAAGAGUGUAGGUACGGGUGCAAUUCAAGGAACAGACGCAGCCAUUGCUGAACUUGCUGGAUACGCUGGAUUUAGAGGUACGAGUGACGAAAUAAAUGAUAGGAGUGGGUUAGGUAGAAAAUAUACCGACCCUGAGGCGAGAUCGGCGCGUGAAAAACCAAUGGCGGAUAUGCAGCCCCUGCAGGAUGAGGACGAGGACAAAGUCCAAGGCGCCCUUGCGACAGGACAAACUCAAAAAAGAGCAGCAGAAGCAGGUACUGUUAUAAGGGACGAGGUCAGAGAGAAGAAUGGAUUGAGCGAGAGUGGAAAAGAGGAGGGCGGAAUGGAAGAAAAACAAAAGCAAAAGGACGAAGGCAUGCAGGAGGAACCUCUCCCUUCAAGAGUACCGAUAGAAGCAUCUAGGGAUCCUUUAAAGCCUUCUGAACCUCCAGAACAGCUCUCUGAUCGGCCGUCUCAACCUCCUCAAGUUCAACCUCCUCACAUACGAGCGCAACCUCCACAAUCAUUACUCAAGGAGAUCCCACCCAGAGUACCGGGAUCGCAAGGUUAUCUGAAGAAAGCAGAGCCUGCAGCCGCUAUUGCCUUUAGCAGCACUGGCGCUGGAGGGUUAUCAUUAGAAGGUAGAAGCCGUGAGUUACAAGGCCGAGGGGAACAAACGAAGGAGGAGAAGCCGAUCAAAGCUGACCACAAGGACGAGACGGUGCCCAACCAAGGUAAACUCACCGCAAGGGAAGGUGUAACACAUGAUAACGGGAAAACGGUAAAUAAGACAUUCACCGGGGUAGGCGCUGGGGGAGCUUUGUUCGGAGCUGCAGCAUUAACUGAAGAAGAAAAACAAAGGAAAAUCUCCCACAUUCAAUCUGAAGAUGCUGAUCGUGAGAAACUGGGUGAAUAUCAGCGGGAUCGCGAGAGGAUGGGUCGCGAAGCGAGCGGGCAGGAAGGGAUAUUGAAGGCAAGCGGAAUGGAAGAAAAGGUAAGGGACAAAGAAGUUGGAGGGGAGACAGGAGUCAAAAAGGUUAAGAAAGCGAGAGAAGAAGAUAAGCAGGAGAGCAAAGAGAAUAAGGAAAGUAAAGCCGGCUUUGAUUUGGGAGCUGCACUUGGAAACGGGGCUGUGGGUGGCAAGGACUUUGCGGCACAAGGUAGUGCUAUCCCUGGCAAUGGUGUGGCACACGACGACAUGCCCAAGAAAGAGCCUGGCGAUGAGUCUGGCAAAGCUCACGAACACGGACAGGGUCGUUUUUUACCAGGCUACCAAACGAACUAUCAUCCUUCGGACUUACACCCGGCCAGUGGAGACGAAACAAAAGGCGCAGAUAACGAUACCGCACUGAAGUCACCGGGUGAAGGCUCUCAUUUCGCAGGUGAUAGCGAAGAUGGAGAUAUUGCGAGCCAUGAAGGAAUGCGGGAGACGUCGAUUGACCACGGCAAAGGUGAUUCACAAGAGGUCGCAUCCGCUGAUAAAGGAGGGAAGAGAGUGAGUUUCCUGAAGAAGAUGAAAGGCGAGGCAAAAAUCAUUGCUGGGAAAGUGAGCGGCAAGGAAGGGAAGGUUGAGGCCGGGAAGAGAGUUCUGCACGGGGAGGUGUGAGGCAUCUACCGCGGUUUCUGACAGACAUUUGAACACUGCCUUAGCUUUUCUUUCUGGGUUUUUUGUCUCUGCAUCUAUAUAGGGGCACUAGCGCUCAAGGUUGGACACACGAUAGACUUCAGUUGUAUAAAUAUUGUGCAUUCGUAUUUUGUAUUGUAGCUCACAAGUGUGGCAUAUCCACUGUAUUUUUAUUCUGUGUACCUUUCACCUGUGAAUCAAAACAGUCCAUUCCAACGUGU